AUGGCUGAGAUGCUGGCAUAUGAACACAGAUCACGGCUCCCAAUCGUCAUCGUCCGCCCAACUUCCACAACAAGCACGUUGAUGGAGCCUUUUCCUGGAUGGAAAGAAGGAAUCAAAACAAUUGACGUAUGGGUUACUAACUAUGGUAAGGGGCAUCUAAAGUUUCUUCCUGGAGAUGUCACAACUAUCAUGGACAUAGUACCUGCAGACAUUGUGAUCAAUGCGAUGCUUUGUAUCAUCAGUUGCCACCCUCAAGGACCAUUAGACUUGAUCUACCAUAUUGGUUCUUCCAUGCGCAACCCUCUCAAGAUUGGCGAUCUGGUACAUGCAAUGUUCAGAUACUUCUUGGAGAGACCAUUUGUUAGUGCAGAGGGAGAGGUAAUCAAGGUGAAACAGCUGGUUGUGCCAGCAACAAUGGACAGCUUCUAUGAGCACAUGAACAUAUACUACAAAAUGCCUUUGGAGAUGCAGGAUAUGGUACGCCGCGGAUUAUCUACCGCUGAGGAGCAAGACAGAUACAACCAUCUCAAGAGAGAGUACAAUUUCACAGUGGCUGUUGCAGAAGUGUUCGAAUCAGGCACAUUCUUCAAGAGGAGGUUUGAUGACUCCAACAUAGUACAGAGGCUUAUCACGUUUUUGAACGAAAGAGACAGAGAACUGAUACUGUGA